AUGGCAGCUGUUGACUACACUCCUUCGCUUCUAAUCAGGAUGGCUGACAUCAUCGUUGUGCACGCAAGAAAAGGCGCGCGCACACUGUCUAUGCUGAAGCUCAAGCUGGACGGCAACAGUACGCCGGACCAGCUCGCCAGCUACUUCCCGGACAGACCGGACAAGUACACGGUUUGCUUCCAGCCGGAAGUCGUUCGUCCGUAUCCAGAAGCUGGAGCAGGGUUCCAGCCACCGCUCCAAGCUGGGAGCCACGUCGUCCUCCUGUACGACACGUGGACGCUCGCAAGCAUGAACAGGCUGCUGAAGCAGAUUCCGAGUACCCUUUCGAAAAGCUGCCAACUCGACGUUCCGCAAGCCAUAGUACUGAGUUCUGUGUUGAUGUCGCUUUUCAUAUGUGGCGGCAUCGUCGCAGUUGCAAGUAAACUUGAAGAGGUCGGACUGACAGGAUGUGAGAAGAUAGCGGCCGCUAUGGCAGGUUCGAGUACUACUGGUCAUCCUACAAUCACGUCGGAAACGGUGAGUGAAGCGAGCAAGAGUGUAGAGCAUUCUGGUACUGAGCACUCUCACACAGCUGCCAGCUCAAGGGGAGACCAGGGUUUCAGUAUCGUACCAGCACUGACCGCCGUUGGCUUGUUCUCUUUGGCAAUGAUAAUGUAGAAACGCGGGUCGGGUCGGGUCAGGGGAACGCUCAACAGCAGUCAUGUGGAAAGCUGGGACACUGGACAUGCAGAAUUGAGAGUAGUCCGAGCUAAAGGAUUUUUUAGAGAAGUUUUGGAAGUUAUAUUCAAAGUGGACACAAGCUUUCCAAUGCGAUAGUGACCCCGUCGUUCAUCGGUUAACCUGGACCAUCAGAACUUAGCAGGCCAAAAGCAAGGAGGGCAGUCCGUUGUCAAUGAUGCGAGGAAUUGAGUAAGCCAGGGUUUGAGAAGGAUAUCUGCAGGCAUGUGCCGCGCGGCCCCUCAAGCGUAUGAUAUCAAUGAACGAGGGCCUCGCGCGCAGUAGGCUCGCCGGCCGGCCUGCAAGAAUUCCUGCAGGCUUCUUUGUAAUUCAGUG